AUGCAGAGCCCUGUGAAUAUCGAUCCAGCAUUACUGCUCUAUGAUCCACAUCUACAUGGAGUACAUGUUGAUAGUGUACAGGUCGAUGCAACACUUGAAAACAUCGGCCAAUUGCCAAUCGUCACCUUGAACGACACGAAGUUGACAAUCAAUAUCACGGAAGGACCGGCGGCUCCGUAUCGAUACAGAUUACACCAGGUAAUCGUGCAUUUCGGCAAAACCGAAGGCGGUGAGAAGGGCUCGGAACAUACUAUUGAUCGAGUGAGAUUUCCAGCUGAGCUUCAACUCCUCGCCUACAACGCCGAGCUGUACGCAAACUUCAGCCAGGCCGUCUCACAACCUCGUGGAGUUGUGGCUAUCGGGAUUAUUGUCGAUAUUGGAAAGACGACAAACCCAGAAUUGAGGAGGCUGACGGUGGCCAGUCAGAGUGUCACUUAUAAAGGCAGUAAAACACACCUGCACCGCUUCCACCCAGCAGCUUUAUUGCCCCGUACGGCACACUACGUCACCUACGAGGGUUCUUUGACAUUUCCAGGUUGCCACGAGACUGUCACCUGGGUAAUUAUGAACAAUCCGAUUUAUAUCACCAAGGAUGAUUUAUCAAUCUGGAACGAGCUGCAGAAGACGGAAAGCAAGCAGCCCGGAGCCUUCUAUAUGACACCAGCCUAUCGACCAUUGAAAGCCUUGAACGGCAGGCUGAUGAGGACCAAUAUUAAUUUGCAAUUUAAGAACGAAGCGCCUUCGACGUGUGCUUCGAGCGUCUACACAGAAAUGGGCUAUCGGGCCAACACGAGGCCCACCCAUAAUAACUCUCUUAAUAAGAGACAGCUGAUGGAGAAUGAGGUGCUAUCGUGGGACGCCUUCAGC